CAUCCAAUUAUCAUAAUACUCGCUUAAUUCAAGCAUCAGACACAUCAAUCAAUUAAGAUUCGAACUUCUACAUAAAUCUACAAUGAAUUUCUCGAAAGUGUUUAUUUUUGUUGCUUUUGUAUUGGCUAUGAUUGCUGGACAAACAGAAGCUGGAUGGUUAAAGAAAGUUGGAAAACGUUUGGAACGCACUGUUCAACAUGUUCGUGAUGCUGGCAUUCAGACUAUCGGUAUUGCUCAACAAGCAGCAAAUGUUGCUGCAACAGCGAGGGGUUAAAAUGGCUGAUAUUUAAAAACAGACUCCGAUAACAUAUUAUUUUAUAAUUUAUUUAGUGUGGUUAGACUUUUAUUUAUUAUUAUAUAAUUGAAUAUUUAACUCAAAAUCAAAAUAAAGAAAUUGAAUUUGUA